AUGGCAAGUAAUAAACCAAAGAAGUUAGGCAUGAAGAAGGAUGGAGGAGAAAGACGUCCCAGCUCAUCACGGGGCCAGUCUUUUCCUCGAUCUGCCAGCAGCUCUACAGCCAAGUCCAAACAGGCCAUUGAGACUCUUACCAAAGACAAUGAGGAGUUACAGGGACAGUUGGCAGCACUCACCACCAAAAACAAACAACUACAAGAUAACUGGCUAACGCUCACCACAAAAUUAGUGGAGGAUGCCAAGUCAAAAGGUUUCCAACUGGGAGAGGAAGAGCAAAAAAAGGACACAGGGGAGGUAUCGAUGGAUGCUUUACUAGAUCUCAUCAAUAGUUUGGCUCACAAACAGGACACCAAGAAACAGAAACCUGCCAAAGGCAGUGUGGAGUCAAGGAUAGAGGAGUUAGAAACCAGAACAACUCAAAUGAAUAUGAACCUUGUUAAGUUACUACAGACUAAAAUGAACCUAGAGGCUGGUUUAGAGGACAUUCAGCAGUGCCUUUCUUUAGAGGAUGCUAAACACAAGGCAAGGUUUCUUCUAUAUGAAACAAAGGGCAGUGAAGUAUUCACAUAUAAUGGCUCAGAUAAUGAUGAAACAGAUGAGGAGGAUGAGAAAGAGAAAGUAAUUGUUAAAGAGACCAAAGCAACAUCGCAUCCUGGAAAAUACCAGGUUUCUUCCAUUGUCAAGAACCUCCAAACUUUCCAGCUCAGUCCACCUCUGAAGAAGCUGCCAGGGGACACACUGGUCAGUAAGAUGGACGCUGGUCUGAGGCACUACCUGGUCAGUGAACUCAGUCUCUACAAGGCCAAUGGUGCUGACUGGAGAAUGAUGGCAGAGAGGGUAGGGGUAUCUUUGGAAACAAUAGGAGAAUGGCAGCGUUUUCGACUAGAGUAUCCUAUGAAACACGUAUUGGAGACAUGGGCACGCAGUCCAGCUGCUACCAUGAGGAUGCUGCACCGCCACCUGGUGUCACCACAGAUGAAAGCCAUAAUGCUUGCCCGAAGAAUCUCUGAUUUUUAUCUUGUAGAUUGA